AUGGAUAAAUCCAUUGCCAAAGGUCUAAAUGACAAUAUAUACGAAAAACGAAAGGCAGCUGCUCAACAGCUAGAGAAAUUCACUAGGGAGUGUAUUCAAAACGGUGAUCAUGAAACUCUCGAGAAAAUUAUUGAUGAAUUGUGUAGGGAAUAUGCCUAUGCAUUAGAUAGACCUAUGGCACGUAAUGCGGGCCUCAUGGGGCUUGCUGCCGUUUCAAUUGCCCUUGGAUCAAAGUAUUUGAACAAGUACUUGGAUACGAUUCUACCACCAGUUUUAGCUUGCUUUGGGGACCAAAAUGAUCAGGUAAGGUUUUAUGCGUGUGAAAGUUUAUACAAUAUUGCCAAAAUUGCAAAGGGAGACAUGCUACUCUAUUUCAAUGAAGUUUUCGAUGUUCAUUGCAAGAUUAUCGCUGACUCGGAUCCAUCCAUUAAAGCUGCUGCCGAAGUGUUAGAUAGAUUAAUGAAGGAUAUUGUCUCGGAGUGUGCUACUACGCAUGUUGUUCGUGUAAAUAAUGAUCCUAAAGAUGCUCCGCCGGCCACAAUAACCGACCCACAUACAGGAGAGGUGCUAGCUAACAAUGAGCCCCCAUAUGAAGAGAACGAAUCUAAAUUGGCUUUCUCUCUUCCAAAGUUUAUUCCCCUUUUGAGCGAACGUAUUCAAGCUGUCGACCCUAACACUAGAAUAUUUAUGGUUGGUUGGUUACAGGUACUCGAAAACAUCCCAGAUCUUGAACUCAUAUCAUAUCUUCCAACAUUCUUAUCUGGACUAUUCACAUACUUGGGGGAUUCUCAUAAAGAUGUUAGAGUAAUCACACACUCCCUUAUUGACGUUCUAUUACAUGAAGUUGAAAGGGUUGCUAAUAUUCAAAAGCAGUUGAAAGAACAUGAGACCGAGAUUCAACGUCAAAAGCAUGCCUCUAUGAUGGAUUCUACACCAAUAAAGAGAACUGAUGGGGCAUUGAUCAGUGAAAGAAAAAAAUCUUUGAUAAACGCUCUUGAACAACUUUCUACUAAUGAAAAGGCUGCUGGGUCUGUUGACGCAUCAAGUGCCAUCGAAAAUGUUAAUUCAGAUCCAACGGACUCGCUUGCUGAUUCCACUGAGAUGUCGAAGAUAGGUAAUAACAGGUAUGGCGAUAUUUAUAUACCCGGGCAAGAUAUUCAUUUGGAUUUCCCUAAAAUCAUUGAAAUCCUUGUUAACAAUCUAACAUCGUCGGAAACAGAAAUUCAGGGAGUGGUUCUAAAAUGGAUUGAUGUUUGUCUCAACAUUGACCCUGAUGGCUUUAUUCCAUUUUUGACAAAAUUAUUGGCAGUAUUGUUGAAGUUGCUCAAUGAAUCCGAUGUUGAGUUUUGUGAAAUGGUUCAGAAAGUAAACCAAAAGUUGAUCUCUCUAACGCAACGACCUGAUGUUAGCUCUGAGGGAAUUAAAUAUGGACCAAUUGUUAAUACAUUGACUCUACAUUUCUUAGACAGCAACGCUACAACAAAAGAGGCUUGUUUGGAUUGGUUGAUCCUAAUCCAUCAUAAAGAUCCAUCUCAGUUAUUGGAACAUCAUGACAGCACAUUUUUAACGUUGCUCAAAUCUCUCUCUGAUAGAGAUGAAAGGUUGGUGUCAAAGUCAUUAGAGUUACUCAGGCUGUUGUGUAACACCAGUCCUGAUAACUAUUUCAAAAAAUUCAUUCAAAACUUAUUAUCGUUAUUCAGAUCGAACGAAAAGUUAUUGAAGACUAGAGCUAAUUACAUUUUGAGACAACUUUGUUUGAAACUUUCCGCUGAGAGAGUUUUCAAAAUAAUAUCAUUGAUGCUAGAUGGCAAUGAUGAUAUAGUUUUCACUAGGAUCAUGGUGCAGAUAUUAAGUUCUAAUCUAGUAACUGCCCCUGAACUUUCAGCCUUAAGGAAGUCAUUAAGGAAAGGGGAAGACUGGACAUGUUUUAGUAUCCUUUUCAAAUCUUGGUCGCACAAUCCCAUUUCUCUGUUGUCAUUAUGUUUGAUAUCGGAAAAAUAUGAACUAGCGUAUAACAUUUUAAAGACCUACGUUGAUUAUGAGUUAUCAGUUAAUGACCUAAUUCAAAUUGACAUAUUAGUGCAGUUUUUGGAGUCUCCAGCAUUUACAAGCCUUCGUAUGCAAUUGCUGGAACCUUACAAAUAUCCAUACCUUUACAAAUGCUUGUAUGGAAUCCUUAUGGUACUACCCCAAUCUAAAGCGUUCCACAUUUUGGACAAUAGGCUAAACAGUGUUGGUAGGGUUGCUUCUCAAUCAUUAUCUAGUAGCCCGGGCCACUCCUCCCCUACUUCAAGUGUAGGUCGCGGUUCAUCUAAUGGUUCUACGCAAUCUGGUUCAACAAGAUGGCAUCAAUACCAAGAUCUAUUGGAACAUUUUCAACAGGUAUGUGAACAGCAUAAUUGUGACGGCUCUACGAGGAAAUAUAAUGAAAAUAACUACGUUCUUCUUAACGAGAUUCUGUCACCAAAUAACACCAUCAACCCCAAUAUUAGCCAUACACCAAUUACUGAUGCCAUGAAUAACACAUUAGAACCAGAUGUAAGUGACAGUGAGUCUGUUAUAUAUAGAUCAAAUGACUCUCACAGUAGAUUGGGAAUGAGAGUAAAGUCCAUUGAACACUAG